UGAGGCGCUCCUUAUGUCUUAAGCGCUGGAUUUAAGUCUCGGGUGUGUAUCUCGGGUGUGUUAGUAGAUGUUAGUGAUUCUAGGCGUUAUAUGAAGUAUUUCACCAUGAGGAAGCUUUUGCAGCUUUUCUCCUUCCAACGAAACCAAAUCUUUUAUAAGCAUGCAAACUAUUCGGUACGUGGACAAGAUUCAAAUUUUAUUCGGCUUCACGGUAUCGAUGUGGUCCGGGAUCCGAGAACAAAUCGAGGAACUGCAUUCACUCUUAAUGAGCGACAAUUACUCGGUAUACAUGGGCUACUCCCACCUUCUGUAUUAACUCUGGACCAACAGGUCUCAAAAAUGAUGGCCAAUCUAAAGAAUAUGAACGACAAUUUGCAGCGCUACGUUUAUCUUACUUCAUUACAAGACCGAAACGAGGCUUUAUUUUAUAAGCUUGUUAUUGAGCAUGUGGAAUAUUGUAUGCCGUUGAUAUAUACACCAACUGUCGGUUUGGCUUGUCAACGCUAUGGUGUAGUAUUUCGACGACCUCGGUAAGAACUCUAAUUUAAUUCGUAUCUUUCUACAUAUUAGCAGUUAAGCCAGUUUUUUGAAUCACUUUCUAUCCAACUUGAUUUAGCCUUGAUGUGUUCAAAUCCACUCACAAUCCUAACGUAGCCAAAGUAUAAUUUAAUAUCAUUUGUUCAAAGUUUUAUGAUUACAUGAAGGCCAGUUCUAAAUUUAGGGAAACUAAUUAGUAUGAAAGCUUAAAGUAAUUUCAACCAGGAGGAAAAUUUACCAACAGUUGUGCCAGGGUAUAACAGGAGUUAUUUAAUUUUCAUGAAUAACAGACAUUCUUGUUAAUACUCUUGCUGAAAAGAGGAAAUAAAGACUUAGCAUCUAAAAAAUGACACAUCUCUGUUUCUUUGUGAACAAUAAACUUUUAUGCUUCUAAUGAAAUCAUAUUUAACUGGUGCCUUUUCAGAUAGUCGUAGUUUUAAGUGUUCAAUUUAUCAGUACUAGAUACCGUUUCCUCAAAAUUCCUCACACGUUAAUCGUAAGUAAACAAAUCAAAAUCAUCAUCUGUAUUUUGUAGUUAUAGUAAAUAGGUUGGGAUUACAUUUAUCGUAAUGUAUUCUACGAAUCGUUUAUACAUCGUUUCGUGACUACGUAUGCCAACUGAAAAUCUUAAGAUAGAAGGCAGCGUGUUAACGUUUUAGUGGACUGGUAUAUGUGUUCGUAUUUUGAUUGUGAUUCAUACUGAGUGCUCAAAUUAUUUAUUUUAUUUAGAAGCAUCCUUAUAAACGUUCAUUUAUUUGUAGAUUGAGAUAGUAAUUCAUAGUUGUGUGAAGCGAUUGCGACUUUUGAUCUUUUUAAAUCAAUGCAUACUAUAUAGAUAAUUAUAUUGUGAAUUCCUCUGAGCUCUCAACAUCCAGUAAUUUUUUUAAUUUUUAGUAUUGAAUUUGCAGUACAGUACCACAUCCAAUGGGAAAAUUAUAAUUCAGGUCUUAUAUUCCUCAGCGAAAGAGGAUUUUCCAUUGUUUUUAGUUUUAAAUCAUGAUGUAGUUCGUGGGGUUUUUUCAAACUUGUUUAUACGUUAUUCAAAAUUGUGCUUUACGACUUACCUAAUUAUUGUAUCUUUUGUCAAAUUCCCCUUCAUUGAUCAGUUACCUUCUUAUUCCCCGUUAGAGGUCUAUACAUAACAGUACACGAUCGACAUCAUAUACCCGCGAUUCUAAAUAACUGGCCUGAACCGAUCGUAAAGGCUAUCGUAUUUACUGAUGGUGAGCGUAUUCUUGGUUUGGGUGAUUUGGGAGCAUAUGGUAUGGGAAUACCCAUUGGAAAACUGUCGUUAUACACAGCACUGGCUGGUGUCCAUCCGAAGCAUUGUUUACCAAUCCUUUUAGAUGUCGGAACAGAUAAUCAAGAAUUACUGAAUGUAAGUUUAGGUUGCUAAUUGGGACAACUAAUUUUUUGUUCGUCAGCUGAUAGACUGAUAACUCGAUGAUGAUGUUUUCCAGUGCAAAUUAGUCUUACUUCAACAGGCAGAGUAGGAUCAAAAUUACGACUAACAAGAUGUUUGACGUGUGGAUUUCUUGAACAGCUUGAUCUUGAGUCGACAAAGUCGUAAUUCAUUUGUGUCUAAAUAGCGAAUUGAGGUGUCUAUAUAAAUGAUGUCUUCUCAUAUGGGUAUUUUGUUACAAUAGUCCAAAUUUAGAGAAGAAUAAGCGCCUAUAGUCGAAUAACCACUCUAAUACUAUUGAUUAGUAAUAUAAUUGUCACUACGUGCUAAACAUGUGACACACAUGCCUUCAUCUUGAAAAAAUAUGUGGAUGAUUUUCAAUCAGUGAAUUGUUAGGCAGAAAAGUCGUCACUUUUGCUUUCACCUAGUUAGUGUGUUUAUGAAUGACACUUCAAAAUGUAGCAGUAACUGAUCAAUUUCCAGUUAACUGUUGCGAAAUAAUCUUCAUAUAGAAUAGAAUUGUUAGGUUGUUGGAGUCAGUCAACCUACCUUUCGUACCAGUCCCCUCUUUUCAGUAAAGGUAAACUGCAAUCUCAUGGAAUUUGAACUCCAUCACUAUUGAAGAACUUACUACUAGUUUAUUUUAUAGGACUGACUUGUUAACAUGAGUUGGUUAUUAUGCUGCUUGAAUUCUAUUGAUCAGUUUAUAAUAUGGUUAUUAUAUUGUGACUCUACAUUAUGAAGCAUUUCAUUGGUUGUCAUUUGGUUAAAUGACCACGUCUUUUCGUCGUUCACUUUUAAUCACCUAACAUCAAACAAAGCUCAUCGUAAUACUAAGAAAUGCAGCCUAAUGGCCGCAUUUCUGUCGGUAUCAAGAAAUAGACAACACUACCUAGGGUACUGUUAUUUAAUCAGUUAAUGAAAACCGUAUUAUUUGUAUCAUAAACCAUAUAUAGUUAUUACUAGUGGUUGUGUUUUCGUAUAUAUCUGUAUUUGUCAAUCUCGUGAGUAUCUUGGAGGUCUCUCACAAUGUAUUAGGUUACUAUUGUUCUUUAUUUAGCUAUUUACCGAAAUUAUUAAUUUUCACUAAAUCGUUUUUUACUGUGUUUAUUGUUUUUCAUCUCUAUGCAAUUAGUAGGUCAAACUCAAUAGUUUUACGGUAAUAACGGUCAAGUACUAUUUUUUGCAAAAUAGAUUAAUAUGGUGAAUCAGUUAUAAAAUCAAUUGUGCAUUAUUUAUAUAAUUUUUUUGAUAUAUGCUAAUUAAUUUUAGAUUCUACUGUCAAUCAGAUAAAUUAUAGGGAAAAAGUUAACUAUCAUCCUUUGAUCAUUAAUACUGAACAAUAUAUAUCCAGCCAUCAUUAUUUAUUUAUUUAAACACAUAAAAAUGGGUACAAGGAGGCAGCAAACAGAUAUGCACCACAUAAAUCACUCGAUUUAUGUGAGGGCUGAGGUACUGCCCGGGUGCCCAAACCGAAGCAGAUGGUUUUCUUAAGGGGACCACCCCCCGAGCCUUUGACCAAAAAGUCUAAUCCACAAGGCGGUGAAGCAACGUUAGGAGAUGCAGUCCCAUGGUAGUCGGUGACCAACAAUAUGCUCAUACGCCAUUUGUUCCCUCAGGAUCCUGGAGCCCAUGUGUACCAUUGGUUUGGAAUCAGGAUUUUCCAAUUCCCCUAGGUGGAGCCUUCGUGUCCACCAACCCGGUUAAAAUGUCGGACAUUCGCUUUUUGUCCUCUUAACUUCGUAAACAACACACCCACUGCGAUAAGACAAUAGCUAUAUACACGUGACCACUUAAGAGCAUUUCGAGAGGGAGAGCUGACUCUUCCUACCCUCGGCCGUGCCAGGGCAUUUGGGGGCCCACCAUACCAAUAGAUGAAUAACAGUUUUGUUACCUGGAUGGUUUGAAGAGAUUAGACUGAUUUAAAAGUUAUUUUCAUGUGAUAGCAUCAGCUGAAAAACUAUUGCAAAUUAAAGAACAUUGGUCAGUUAUUCUGGUUUGUUUUCUGUCUCCUUCAGCAGUAUGCACUCAUAACCCGUAAGAUGAAUGGAACCUAGAACAGUCAAUUCUUGCGAACGCGUAAUCGUUAAGUCAUUGAACAUCUGGGCUACCUGUUCCUGUCAUUUAGAUAUUUCAACAAGUUAUCUAUUUUUUGUUUUAAUGCAUCAUUAUAUCUAUUAAUCGCAUAACCUAUUCAGGUGCGUUUCUGAAAAGUGUACAACCUUUCGUUGUACAAGUUACAAAAGGCCCAAUCAAAGGUAUCGUGGUUGCUAGCAAUAUGCGGCGAAAUGAAUGUACAUUAUUUCGAUAUCGAUUUACUGGGCUGCUGUAAUUCAACUGGCGAUCACUCAAUAUUUAUCGUUGGUAUCAACCAAGAAGUGAGAAACGGAAACUUGUUGAAAUACUUUGUGCUGAGAAUUCUAUAUCAUACCAAAAAUAUAAUAAUGAAUAAAGCUAAUAAUAAUUAUUAUUAUUGUUAUCCAGUUGUCCACUGUUAUUAUGAAGACUAUUCAGAUUUCCAAAAAUAUUGUGAUAUGUGUGUAGGAGGCAUAUUAAUGACAUUUGAUUUUCGUUACAUUCUUUUUUCUCCAAUACUUUUCUACAUAUUUCUUGAUCAAUAAAUCUGUUUUAUGUCAAGUAACAAUACCACUAAAUUGAUAAAAUUACAUAAUCUACCUACCAUUAUCACUGAAAUCUGUUUGCAUUACUGUUGUUAGUUACAUAUCACCUUCAAUUACUUCUUCUUCUGUAGGAUCCUGUAUAUACGGGUAUCAGACAUAAGCGUAUACGCGAUGAACGCUAUGAUGAGUUAAUCGAAAAUUUCAUGCAAGCUGUUACAGAACGCUAUGGGAACGAUUGUUUAGUUCAAUUCGAAGAUUUUGGAAAUCAUAAUGCAUUUCGUUUACUUGAACGAUAUCAAGAUUCGUACUGCACUUUUAAUGAUGAUAUACAAGGUACGGCAGCUGUAGCGGUAGCCGGCUUACUGGCUGCCGGUCGUAUUACAAAGCGUAAGCUUACAGAUAAUAUAUAUCUUUUCGUCGGCGCUGGUGAAGCAGCAACCGGUAUUGCUCAGUUACUGGCAACAUCAUUACAACUAAACGGAUUGGAUGAGAAAGAGGCCCUGAGUAAAAUGUAUAUGUUCGAUAAAGACGGAUUAUUAACACACUCACGCCAAGAAGGUUCACUGACAGAUCAUAAUAAAGUUUUUGCGCGUGACGACACAGAAAAUAUAUGUAAACUGGAAGAUGCAGUGAAAUUACUAAAGCCAACAGUUAUUAUUGGUAUGUUAUUUCUGCUGAUUUAUUGUCUUUAAUGAAUUUCUUAUGUUCCUAUAUAUAUAUCGACUAAAGCUAUUUUAAUAUUUUAAUCUGAUUCUCCUGAGUACCUCACAGACACCUGUUUGUGUAUGUCUGGGACUCAGUUGUUAUGAUUUUCGGUCUCUAGAUUGCUCCUACUCGGGACUCUGUUUCACCGACCUUCAAACUCAAUGUGUAGCCCGCUAUAUCACUUACACAUUGUGAUAACCAAGUAAUUAUUGUUGACUUUAGUUUCAUCGUUAACUUUUCUUUGGAUUCGUCUAAUCGAUAAAGUAAACAAACUGGUGGAAUGAUGAAACUUAACACGCGUUUUCUGAAUAUUCUCAGUCCUAAAUUCCUAACUGUAUAUAAAUCCACCACUUUAUGUGCUCUGUCCAUUAGACCAUUGUUUCAUUUGUUUAUUUUUGUAUUUGUAGUGUACUGUUUACAUUUAAAUUAAUAAAUAUUACAUUAACCAUAUUAUAAGGUAAACUAUAUGAUGAAAUUAUAACAGUGAUAUAAAACCCAGCUAAACAUAGUUUUGUAUGCCAAGUUGUAUACUGUAUGCUUAACACACUUUCUUAUGGGUAACAAACUGUUCAGAAUAUCGACACUACACUUGUAAAAUGCUUACAUGGAAUUGUCAACGUAAGCUAUUUAUACGUUAUCAUGAUAUAAAUGGGCCUCAAAAGUUUCUCGCCAUUGGCAUAUUUAUUUAACAAGGCAGGCUUGAUAGUCAUUAUUUAGUGGUUUCCAUAGCCUAAUGAAAAGUGUUAAGUAUGGAGGUUCAGGUGGUUGUCAUUUGUUUUCAUUUAGUAGAAUUAUUAUUGGGAAUUGUUUGCGUGUGUUAGUUUCUUUUAAUGAAUAAUUAAUUUGCACACCCUCAUGUUAAUUAUAGUUUUGAAGGAAAUAUACAAUUCGGAUGGGUUUUGUGGAUAUUAUAGUAAUUUCAAUGGUUAAGAUCAUGAGUCAGUUGAAGCUAGACCACCAUGGAAAACCUGGAAGCACUGGACGGCCGUCUCGUCCUAUUUUGGGACUCCUCAACAGUGCACAUCCACGACCUCGCCCCCUGCGAGACUCGAACCCCCGACCUACUGGUUUCGCGCGCGAGCACUUAACCACUAGACCACUGAGCCGGCAUCCAACGGUGUUAAUGUCUAACUUCAACUACAAUUGAUCAAUUAAAAUACUUUUUGUGACAUUAAAAGAAUCUAGAUAUCAUUAUCAAGGUUUGGGUUUAUAAUUUUAAAUAAAUAAAGCAUCAGGUAGAUUGUUAGUUGUGAAAAUAAUGGCAUUUCUAAUAUUUAAAUGAGUAUAAAAUAAAAUUCCUGAUUUUCCGUGACUCAGUGUAAGCCACUUUUCAGAGAAUAAAUUAAUUUAUUCAUUAGCCUGAGUCUAAAUAAUACGAAGGAACAAAGCGGAAAUAUCUAGUACAACCAAUUAAAAACAGCGGACCAAGCUAUUGUCAUGUCACUCCGGUCAGGGUGAUUUCCGUGUGACAUGUUUGUGUAUUUCUGUAUGUUAAUGAAGAUCACUUACUAAGAUCUCGUUUCUUCGAUAUCUUGAUAAGGUAUUCUUCUUUUCAGUCUGUUGGUACUUGUUCUUCCUCUGCAAUCCUCCUGAAGAGAAUGUGGAACAACUUUGCAGUUUUCUUGAUAUCUGACUUCAGUGCUUCAGCUGAUAUGUUUUCUGGUCCAGCUGCUUUCUCACUCUUGAUUUGUCUGGUGAAUAUCCUGAUUUCUUCGAUUGCUGGUGGUGUAAUAUCUAUAAGGAGGUCUGUGUGUAUUGCUUCGAUGUUUUGUGAGUUCAGUGGAACUGACCUAUUGGAGGGCUUUUCAAAGUGUUCUACCCACUUGCUCCCCUGAUUUUGAACCACAGCUAUUGGUUUUCCUUCUCUGUUCCUGGCUAGUUGCUGUGUUCCACCAUAUUACCCUACAAGCUUCUUGUUUGUAUUAUACAAUUCUUUCAUACAUCCACCUCUCAAAUUUCUCUGCCGUAGUUGCCAGGUUUUCGACACAUUUCCGCUUGUUUGCUUCUGUACAUUCAGUUUGUAGCUUGAUUCCCCCUACUUUUGUUCGGAUGUUGUUGAAUGUGAUUUUCUCGUUUUAUCUUCCUCGAAUCUUGCUCAUGAUAUCUAUGGGGAUUUAUUCUUGAUCCUGGUGCUUGUUGAAGUCCAGCACCUGGAUUGUUGAAGUUGUCUGUUGUUUAAUUCCUUUCCAGUUGUUCUCCGUGUUGGUUUCCUCUUCUUUCGGUAGAUCUCGUAAGGCUUUGAAUUUUUAUGGUGUUGCUCGCUCAAUCGUCCGAUGCUUUAUUAACUCCAGUUUCAUCCUGACCAUCAGCAGGUGGUGAUCUGAAUCUGCGUCAGCUCGUCUUUGUUUGCAUGUCUACCAUUGACCUUCUGAAUUUUUUAUUGAUGCCAGUGUGAUCAGUCUGAUUCUGUGCAGUGUGGUCCGGUUAAACUCAUGUAGCUUUGUGUAUGGGUUCGUGUGGCAAUAUAGUCUAGAAUUUACCAAAAGUUUUUUUCAGUUUUCUUAAAUAUUUUUCAGAUAAUCAUGUUUUAUCAACUCGAUAUGGUUGAGUAAAGUUUCUCCUGUAUAGUGCGACAAUAAAUUAAUUGAUAAUUUGUUUGAUGUCUACAAGCUAAUUUGUAAGUUUUUUUAACGCUGGAGGUUUUUGUUUCUAUCCAGUACUAGUCACCAAAACUUAGGUAUGCGAAUUUUAGUUUUAGAAAUCCUUUAUUCGUACCGUCUAUCACUUCUUGUGAUUUUUAAAUCAUUCAGUCAGCAAAAACGUAGAACUUCGUACUUACGUACAUCAGCUCAAGUUGCCAUACCGAAUUGGCACAGAGAUGCAAUUGUCGAUUCUAACCCCAUAAUGGUAGAGGUAGUAAAAUUAUAAGCAAUAAUCUGAAAGAUUAGGGUUCGAAGAUGUUAUCAAGGAGUAUAUAUAGUAUAUAUAGGAGUAUAUACAGUGAAGUAAAUCUGGAAAGAGAAAAAAAAACAUGAAGAAUUCAGAAGAUUAGAAUUUGGGAGAACACAAAGAGUGGACUCACCUGCGCCAUUGCAAACGAUUUUGAGCCAUAUCAUUCAAGGUCUCUAACCAUCGGUUGCUAUCAUCUCGCGAAUCGCAACCAGGUAGUCUACACCUACCAACAUGGCUCAGUCCACAUGUCAGUGACUUCAUGGAUUUGUGCCAUGUUUUGGUCUGGCUGCCCCUAGUUUUCUUCCAACCUACUCCUACACCAUAAAACAUCACUCGUCGAGGCAGCCAGUGAUUGGACAUACGUAGCACAUGUCCCAGCCAUUUCAAUUGAUGAAUUUUCACUACUUCAUCAAUCGAUUUGCCAUCAUUACCUAGUACCCGUUUCCUAACAACUGUGUUACUUACUCGAUGGUCCCAGGAUAUACGAGCAAUGCUUCGAAGACAACUAUGAUCAAAUACUAGUAACCUACGGAUAUCCUCUACUCUUACCGGCCAUGUUUCACUGUCAUAAAGUAGGACGGAACGAACUGCUGCGCAGUAAACCCAUCCUUUGGUUAGUAGACGGAUAUCUCGCCUACGCCAUAAAUGACGCAAGUUGGCAAAAGCUAGUCGAGCCUUCUGUAUCCGUGCUGAGAUUUCGUCACACACUAAACCACAAGGGCUGAUGAGACUUCCAAGAUAAGUGAAGCGGUCGACACACUCAACUACUUCACUCCCUAUCAUUAGUUCGGGUGUCGAUGCAACCCAAUCCUGAAGCAACAUUUUGCAUUUCGAGUGGGAGAACCGCAUCCCGAACAUGCUUGCAUUGUUGCUUAUAGUGGUCAGAAGACUCUGGAUUUUGUCAGCGUCUUCACCAAAUAGAACUGUCAUCUGCAUAUUCUAAGUCAAAAAGUCAGUCAGUCAGUCAGCUACAACGUAGGGCCAGGCACAUAUGUGCAUCGGUCCAGGUCGCCAUACCGCAUCAGCACAACAAGAUUAACACCGGAUUCAUAGCAGUGGUUAGGUCAAAGGUGGUAAUAUAUAAGAGAAAGAUUGCAUAUAGAGAUAUAGUACAAUAAGAAAAAAUUGGUUCGUAGAAAGAAAGAUAUGAAGCGAUUUUAAUCUCUUAGUUUAAGG